AUGAUAUCUUGUGGAAAAUGGAGACUGAUCAGGGAGGUUAGUUGUGAUCAUACCUCAAAGGUUUACUUUGCUGAGAGCAUGGAAACUUUGGAAAAGAGAAUGGUUAAGACCAUUAAUAAUCAGUAUAUUGACAGAUUAGAAGAAGAAGACAAACACAAAAUUGCAAUUAUGACUGGACUAGACCAUCCCAAUUUAAUUAAAACUUAUGAUUAUGAAUUUGAAGCAGACAUCGAAGAUAGUUCCAUCAGAAAUGAGCCUCAUUGCUUAUUAGUAUCUGAGACAAUUACAGUUACAAAACUAUUUGAAAUUAUCUCUUUUACAGGCCCAUUCUCUGAGAAGAUUUCGAGAUAUUACUUCCACCAGAUAUUAGAUGCUAUCAUAUAUCUAAGCGAUCAGGGGAUAAACCAAUUAGACCUCAGGGCUGAUAAUUUAUUCUUAGACAAUGAGUACAACCUCAAAAUAGGAGACUAUACACAAGCCUUGCUGAGAGACUAUAAUAAAACAAUAAUAAGCACUGACGUAACUCAAGCUCCUGAAUGUUCAAUAUACAAAGAAAACGACAAAUUAUCAUUCGAAUGUGUAAACAUGUUUGCGAUUGGUGUGAUACUUUUUAUGAUGGUGGUAGGCAAGAAGCCUUUUGUGUCUUCUGAAAAUAACUACUCGAUUUACAAAACAUUGAACUCCAUAAGAUCAGAAAAAUUUUGGCAUAAACAUCUUGCCGAGUUUCCAGAAAAACUACAAUUCUUAAGUUUGGAAAUUAAAGAGCUCAUUACUUUGCUUCUCAGUCAUGAUCCUUACGAAAGACCAUCUCUUACUGAACUAACAGAACUAGAAUGGUACAAUGAAUCUCUUCCAACUGGUCAAGAAGUCAAGGAAGAAAUUUAUGCCAAAAUCAGACAACUCGACGAUAUAAAUGUUACUAUUGAAGAAGAGUUUCCUGAUAUCUCGGAUGCUCAAGAUAUAUUUUACCGUAUAGAAUAUCCUUAUCGUGGAGUGUAUGAUGAAGACAUUGAAGAAAUAGAGGAAAGAAUCUGAGAAGCUUACAUUCCAGAAUUUAAGACAUAUACUCAAUUCUUUUCAACAUCAGAGAUUAAUACUUUGUUUGAAGCUUUAGUUGUGUAUGCUAAUAUGCUUUCCAGUGAUAUUUAUUAUGGAAAAAGUACUUACUCAUGUACUUAUCACAGAAUUGUUGAAGAAUCGGAACCUUCUUCCUUAUUAAUCACAGUAAACAUUCUAAGUGUAGAGGAUGACCUCCAUUGUGUCCAGGUUAUCAAAAAAUCAGGGUGCAUAUUCCAUUUCGCUAAAGAAUACAAGGAAAUCACUAAAUUCUUCGGAGGCCAUUGCAACCAAAUCCCCCCAACACAGCCCCUGUUUAAAGACUUUGGCUAA